UAUCCACCAGAUCAUUCAAUCGAUCACUUCCAUUCACAUUGGGUGAGUUACUUCAAUGAUCGCAUGUUAUUUUGAAAAUUCUUGUUCAAGCUUUUGGCUGGAUUUUCAAAUUUUCUAGCAAUUCCUUUCUUACUUCGUUCGACUCUAUCGAUUUCAAGACUUGAAAGAAAUGGGCUAUAUCGGAGCACAUGGCGUGGCGGCACUCCGAAGAUACAAGUACAGCGGUGAGGAUCACUCUUUUGUGGCGAAAUAUGUCUUGCAACCUUUCUGGAGCCGUUUCGUGAAUGUAUUUCCUCUUUGGAUGCCCCCAAACAUGAUAACAUUUGCUGGAUUCAUUUUUUUGGUUACAUCUGCGCUGCUUGGCUACGUGUGUUCGCCUCAUCUAGAUUCAGCUCCACCAAGAUGGGUUCAUUUUGCCCAUGGGUUACUCCUAUUCUUGUAUCAGACUUUUGAUGCUGUUGAUGGAAAACAAGCAAGAAGAACAAAUUCCUCGAGUCCGUUGGGGGAACUUUUUGACCAUGGAUGUGAUGCACUUGCCUGUGCGUUUGAAUCCUUAGCUUUUGGAAGCACUGCCAUGUGUGGAAGAAAUACUUUUUGGUUAUGGGUUAUUGCUGCCAUUCCUUUUUAUGGUGCUACAUGGGAACAUUAUUUCACCAACAGUCUAAUUCUUCCUACUAUAAAUGGACCCACAGAGGGUCUUAUGCUGAUCUAUCUAUCUCACUUUUUCACAGCAUUUAUUGGUGCUGAAUGGUGGGCUCAACCUUUUGGAAAAUCCUUACCAUUUUUAAGUUGGAUUCCGUUGCUUCAAGAUGUUCCGAUGAACAGUGCUGUGAUGUUACUAAUGACAGCUUUUGGUGUUAUUCCCACCGUUGCAUUUAAUGUGUUCAAUGUCUAUAAGGUUGUUCGCGCAAGAAAAGGAAGUAUGUUACUGGCUUUAGCAAUGUUGUGCCCAUUUGCUGUACUCCUUGGUGGAGUCUUGAUGUGGGAUUACUUAUCUCCUUCAGACCUCAUAAAGAACUAUCCACAUUUGGUUAUAACCGGAAGCGGCCUUGCCUUUGGAUUCUUAGUGGGAAGAAUGAUUCUUGCUCACUUGUGUGAUGAACCUAAGGGCUUGAAAACUGGAAUGUGCAUGUCACUUUUCUAUCUCCCAUUUGCGAUUGCGAAUGCCCUGAUGGCAAGACUUGGUGGAGGGUUUCCUGUGUUUGGUGAGGGAUUCGUGCUGAUUGGUUACGUCAUCUACACAGGUGCUCUCUAUUUGCACUUUGCCACAUCAGUUAUUGAAGAAAUGAAAAAUUCUUUGGGAAUCCACUGCUUCAGGAUAAUGAAGAAAGAAAGCUGAAAUCUGCUUGUUUUUCUGUAAUGUGUGCCAGCUCAAAUUUUAAGGAACCCCGGCUUACCUUCAAGUAGUAGAUUGUACAUUAUAGGUAAAUCAUAGUAAGAUAUCCAUCAACAAUAUACCUUCCUGUACAUGGAAUCCUGGAGAAGAAUUUAUGCAUAUCAUCAUACUCGGGGUGUAUAAAGCUUGAGAAUUCAUUUGGAAGUUUUAGUUUUCUUAUUGUAAACAUAUUACCUUGCAUAUCUAUAUUUGUGUUUAUUAUUUUGUAUGAUCUUAAACGUCCAAAUCCAAUCACUGAAGUUUGAUUAAAUGAUGAAAAUGUGAUUUAGCCA